AUGAAGAAGCCAACAUCGCUCAUUGAAGCCUUUACAAUAGCUAUGAGUCUCACAGUUGGAGGAAGCAAUGCGUUACACGUUUCGCCUCAGAAUUCGGCUAAAGCUAAUACCAUGGGCAGUUCCAGUAGACGGUUCUUCAUGACGUCGACGGCUUCACUUCUUUCUACAACAUUGGUGACCCAAUCGGCGCCUGCGAAUGCUGCUUGGUUGGAUAAUAUAUUCAAUAAGAAAGAAGAAGAAGAAUUCACCUAUGAUGCUUUCAAGGACUUGGUGCAAUCCAAGAAGAUCAAGAGUGUUCAAUUCAGUUGGAAUGGGAGUUCCCUCACCUGCAUCGACUCGUCUGGAAAGAAGCGAUCACUCGAAGGUAUCCCAGACGAUCCAUCUCUCCUCGUCGCACUUGUGAAUGCUGGCAUUGACCCAACUGUCGAUGACUUUCCCUAUGAGAAGCACAUGUCAAGUUCUGGUUGGUUCCGGGAUUCAGUCCUGCGUGACGAUACUUUGACGGAUGAAGAAAAGUACAAGUACCGUGGAUACAAGACUUUCCGGGAGAAUAUUCCAGAGAAUAGAGUCUACAUUCCUUCAAACCUAAUUUCAAAUUAG